AGUGUGGAUAGAUUCGCGGGCAGCUGGAUAAAUGCGUCAGAUCUUACAGUUUGUGGUUUGGUUGUAUCUAAUAUUAUACUACUGUGUAUUUUGUUUGUCUCGAAUCCAUCCACACCACCACUCCCCAAAAGCACACAAACCAAGGCGAUCACAGCUCCAAGGAAUGGCCGCUGGCAGCAGCAUCACCAAAUCCUUGAAAGCUCGCCUCCGCUGCGGCGGGGAAACCCUCUAUGGACUAUUGCUUGCCAGCUUCUCGCCGACCUUGACUGAAAUCGCCGGUCUGGCCGGUUAUGACUUCGUUGUCAUCGACCUUGCUCACGGCCACGGCGACAUCGCCAAUGCCCUCUCCUGUCUUCGCGCCCUGUGUUCCACUCAAACCCCUGCCAUCAUCCGGCUUCCGGAGAAUUCCGAGACUUGGGCCAAAAAAGCCCUUGACCUGGGCCCACAAGGCCUCAUUUUCCCGCUGGUCAACCACCCUGACUCCGCCCGAGCUGCCGUCUCCUAUUCUCACUACCCUCCCAAGGGAGUGCGCGGCGCCGCUUUCCCCGCCGUCCGUGCCUCCAACUAUGGCUUUGAUCCUCAGUACUUAGCCAAAUGCGAGAAUGACUUGUUGGUAAUGUGUGAGGUUGAGUCUGUGGAUGCCCUUGAUCGCAUAAAUGACAUUGCUUCUGUGGAAGGGGUUGAUUGCAUCAUGCUUGGCCCUUUUGGUGUGAGCCCCGACAUGAAUGAGUCCCUCAAGAACAAGCUCCUCCUGGCUGAGAAAUCUUUGUUGGAGCUCAAGUGUGAGAGUGAGAAAGCCCCUUCUUUGGCCGCCUUGGCUGUGCCCCAUGACCCUCCUCUUGAUCUCAAGAGGCGUGGUUAUGAUAUGGUGUGUACGGGUGUGGAUGUCGCUCUGUUUAGGGAUGCUGCCAUUCGCAACAUCAACAUGUUCAAGAACUAGCCCUUUCUCGCCGAUGUUGUUAUCCAUUCCCUUUUGGGACUCGGCUUUGAGAUUGUAUUGUGUUCCGUUCAAUGAAGUGACUGUUGUAGAGCACCCUGUCAGUCUAUGAAGUUGUGUAAUGAAUGCCUUCAAUGCCUGCUUGUUUGUUGGUGUUUAGAAAGAAUCAAACGCUACCUUAUGUAUU